AUGUCGGCCAAAAACAGCAUCGAGCUCGAUAAUAAAAAGAAGGCGCGCGACGAUGCGCUGCAAUUUCUCGAAACUCUGGACAUUGCUGAUGACGCCGAGGAGGCCCAGGACACAAAGGCACAAGUCCCAAGCGACUGUGGAGCACCUGCAAAGAGUGGCUCGGGCGACGAGGACAAGAAGGACCCCAAGAGCAUGCUCAAGUUCAUCGACGACCUGACAGAGUCAGCCAAGCGCAGCUCCUCUACCAGCCCGGCGUCAGCCAACGAGCCAGCAAGCGAGCCCGUCAGCGCAACACAAAACACUGGCUCAUGGUCAUGGGGUGGAAUUUGGGGCCAGGCAACGGCACUGGUUGAGCAGAACGCGCAGCUCAAGUCGGGUCUGGGCAAGCUGAAGGAGUCGAUCGAGCAGGUGCGCAAUACUGAGACCUCCAAGGCGCUUGAGACGCGGGUCAAGACGCUGGUUAACCAGGAGAAUAUCAGUAAGCUGGGGGGCGGGCUCAAGCGGUCACUCGACACUGUCAUCGACACUAUUGCGCCGCCAAUCGAGGAGCACGAGAUAUUCAGAGUGCGCUUGAUCAAUAAUAUCCAGGACGAUCAGCUGGAGAGCGUUGUUUACCGCACAAUGGACGCUGUGUUUGACUUCCACGGGUUUGGCGAAAUCACCGUCAAGUCGGCCGCCAAGGAGCUCGCUGAGGCCCCCGAGAUGCAAACAAAGCGCGGCGAUACAUUUACGCUGCCCAAGGGAUUUGACGGCGGAUACGGCGCUGCGGUCACUUCCAUCCAGUACGUGCAGCACACUGCCAAGACCCAAGCAUUGACUAGGGAAGCGGCUGAGAAAGAGCAUUCUAGGCAGGAGAUGCGGCCGGAGAGCCCAAUGUUUUUCCGUGCACAGAAGACCGAAUUACUGCUAGCCAUCCAGCCGUUCUCAGUCAUGCCCAUUGAGGAUCAAGGCUUCCUCAGCCUGUGCGUUGUUCUGCGUGAUCCGGCGCGCGACCUGACGCUGCGCACAUUCUCACAGAUGCUGCCCCUGAACUGCUGGGCCCAGCCGCGCGACCAGAUUGUCGACAUUGAUAUCGAUGGCGCUCUCGGCAGCACCGUCAACAUGAAGUCGGACAGCGUCGUCCAGCGCCGGCAGGAGAUGAACGAAGGGUGCCUGUACGAGUCUGUGAUGCUGGCAGUGAAGACUCUGUCCAACGAGUAUCUGACCACUCGGCCGUCACUCCCAGCGUCGACGUCAGCGGCAGAUUUGCCAGUGUCUGCCACGAGCAUUUAA